AUGGAGGUGCGCACUCCGCCCGCUGUAGGAUUCUUUCUCGACCAUGAAUACGUUUCCCAUACCCUCGGGCAUAUCCGUAUCCUGAAGCACAUCGAAGCACCCGACCGAGCUAAGCUCAAUCGCACAAGGCCUCAUCAAAGGCGUAGUAAUCUUACAGCAAAGACCCGACAACGAUUCCAAAAUCUCAAGCAAAAGCUGGCCAAAAUCACAACAAAGCUAGACCAGCUCGAGGACGUUCUCCAGCAGUACUUGAAGGACUUCAUAACGCACCGUCAUCAAAUCAUUCUGGAACUAUUUCAGACGAAGUUCGCCCGAGAACUUCGCGAUGAGGUAUACGGCUAUAUCCUCCGUGAUCAGAUGGCGAUCAGUAUCAAUCAUCAUGACCUAGUGGCGUCUGCCUCACCAGCAUUCGCCAUUCCCGGUCACACGAGCGCAAGUCGUUCCAAGCACUUCCAGACGUCACUCACACGCAAUGGCUACGGCCACUUACUUGAAGCGAGGGCGAUACUCAAGGACACGAUGCUGGAGCUAGCUCAUGCAUGGUACAGGCUCUCCACGUUUCGCUUCAUGCACGCCCUCCACGUCGAACUAUUUCUUAGAACCGACUUCCAUGGCUUCGGCCUCGAUACGCAGAAGCUAAUCCGGAGUAUUGAGGGUAAACUAUUCACCCCUGUCAACUCAUCUGGAGAUUGCGUCAAACUAGCCAAAGACUUGGCCGAGCUUCACACUCUCAAGACUGGUGCCAACAUUCUGCUCAGCUUCCAAGCUAUACCGACAGAUGCAGUGAGAAGGGCAAUGGCAGAUUCCAGCGCAGCAAUCCAGCCUCGGGAUCUCGCACUCCUAUUCCCGGGCAUUCAGAAGUUGAUUACAGCCGAAUAUCGUGUCACGGUGAAGCUGGGCUACCACUUGAAGUUCAAAGUUGUGAGCGAGGAGCUGACGGAGGAGUGUUGGAAGGAGAAACUCGAGGAUCAUGACAAAGUCAUGCUUGCGAAACGCGCCCUCCGUGAAUGA